GCAUAAGCAUACACAGUAUAAAAGCAUCAGCAUAAGCAGCAUAAGAAGCAUAAGCAUAUGCAGCAGAAGCAGUAUAAGCAGCAGAAGCAGUAUAACCAGCAUAAGCAGCAUAAGCAGUAUAAGCAGUAUAAGCAGCAUAAGAAGCAUAAGCAUACGCAGCAGAAGCAGUAUAAGCAGUAUAAGCAGAAUAGGCAGCAUAAGCAGUAUAAGAAAUAUAAGCAUAAGCAUUUGCAUGAGCAGAAUCAGCAAAAGCAGCAGAAACACCACAAGCGGAAGCAGCAGAAGCAGAAGCAGAAGAAGCAGAGGCAGAAGCAGAAGAAGCAGAGGCAGAAGCAGAAGAAGCAGAGGCAGAAGCAGAAGCAGAAGCAGAAGCAGAAGCAGAAGAAGCAGAAGCAGAAGAAGCAGCAGAAGCAUAAGCAGCAGCAGAAGCAGAAGUGGCAGAAGCAGAAGCGGAAACAGAAGAAGAAGCAGCAGAAGGAAGAAGGAAGAACCAGAAGCAGAAGCUGAAGAAGCAGCAGACACAGCAGCAACAGGAGCAG